AUGACACUAGCAACCCUCAGUAUCAGAAUAUACCAGUUUUAUAAGAAGCAUGUAUCAGUAACAGUGUAUCCAAAACUCUCUGCUCAUGCAAGGAAAAUGAUGGCAGUGUUUGGUAGCACAUAUGUUUGUGAGCAGCUCUUUUCAAAAAUUAAUCUGGUUAAAAACAAGCAUAGGUCUGUACUUACUGAUGAACAUUUGGAAUGUACCCUGCGUGUAGCCACAUCAUCCAUACAGCCUGAUAUUGAUGAGUUGGUGUCCCAAAUGCAACAUCAACCAUCUCACUAGGGUAGCCUUUUAUUUGCUCAUUAAUGGUUAGGAAAAAGUCUGUUUGAUAAUUCUUAUGUUAAUGAUCCCAGUUAACCAAUAAUAAGUAAUUAUUUAUGUUUGUACAUUAUAAUAAUAAGGUACGGUAGCCUUUCAUUUGCUUGUUGAUAGUAAGGAAAAUACUUUUGUCUCAGACGAUUCUUAUUUUUGUGAUUCCAAUUUAAAUAAAAUCAGUAAUACUAAUUAUCUAUCUUUAUUAGUAUAAUCUCACAUAAUAUGUCUUCGGUCAUAGUAAAUAACAUGAAAUAGUAAGGUUAUGUGGCCCUCGAUACCGACAAGUCGUGACUAGUGGCCCUUUGGGAAAAAAGGUUGCACACCCCUGAGUUAAACAAAGCCUCAUCCAUUUAAUAAUCAAAUCAAACCUUUCCUAGCCCCAUAUCUCACCCUCAGAAUGGCCUUUGAAUUUUACGAGUGAUCUUUUGAAGUUUCAUGUAGACAGAAAGACAGUAAUGGGGGAUUUUAGACCUUUUAAACUGCAUUACAUGAUGAGCAAAUUGUCUCCCAGACUUCUAGCACCAUGUCAUUGAAGGAGAGCCUCAGAUGGCAACUGCCAAGAACUGCCUAUCAUAACAACUCUUGAAUAUAAAGCUAAGGUUUCCUCACUCCAUUAUUUUCUUAAUGUUCAGUCAUAAUAGACCUUUCAUUGAUAAACCCAGCAUGACCUUGAACAUGAGGUAAAGAUUGAAAAUCAUUGCUACUUACCCAUAAAGUUUGAGCAUCUGUCAUGGUCAGAGGAGGAGUAAAGCUCAUUUUCCUGUAACCAUUGAUGAUCAGAACACCAGUGUUGGAGUACUGCUCAUGAGAAACAGACAUAAAAAUACCAUACCAGCAAAGCAGCCAAAGCCUGAACUACCAUAACCAUAUCAAAAGUGGCAAUCCUUAUCAGUUAUUUUACACAUCCAUCAUCUUAACUAUAUAAAACAAUGAUAUGGAAAUGAAUAACUAAAAAAUUAAAACUUCAAAACUACUGCUGGGUUAUGGGUAUUCUUUAUACCAGAAAGAUUUUCAUAUAUACAUAAGUCACUUUGAUUUAUUUUCAUAUUGGUUUCUGUCUUUUCACCCCUUAAUUUUCUAUGAAUGGCUCACAUUACAUGAUACAUACCUGUAUACAAGGGAUGUAGGUUAAGACACUUUUAUGUGAGUGUCCAAGCUUAAACUAAGUGAGCAUCAGGUAUUGACACUAAAGCAGUAAAGAAAUUUUUUUAAAUUAUGGUUGUUUUCUUUAUCCAGUAAUUAGAUUUUUAAUGGACAUAAUUCGCUUACUAAGAUUUAAAUAUUAUUGAUAAAAACAAACCCUGUGGGGGACCUGUAUAAAUGUUAAUAAUUUUAAUUCACCGGUAUGGUUAAACUACCUAAUAAUAAUAGCACUAAUGGUAAAGAUAUUGUUGGAUCUAAGGCUAGGCAGGAUCAGGAAAUGAUACUCAGCGUGGUUCCGUAUCUUCAUUGCAACUAACUCACAGCGGAAGGAAGUACAGAUAGCUUGUGACGUGGACAUUGACGUCACUUAUAUAUGGGCGGCGCUCAGGCGCUGCCAACAGCUUCAUCUUAACACAUCUUAUAUCUCCCUCCCAAGAUAUUACAAGAAGGGUAAUAUUUUCAAAACUUAUCAUUGACAAUACAUUGGCAAUAUCAAAAAGCAGACAAAAUGACAAACGAAAUGCUCAACACUCAAAGAAAAACAUCAGACAGGUAUGGUAAACCAUAAUCAUAAUGAUUAUUGGCAACAUUAGGAUGACUGAAAAGGAGAGAGAGAGAGAGAGAGAGAGAGAGAGAGAGAGAGAGAGAGAGAGAGAGAGAGAGAGAGAGAGAGAGAG